CCACUAAAAGAAAAAAUAUUUAUGAACACAGCAUCACUAAUGCACGUAGCACUUUAUGGGACAAUGUAAACAAAAGAGAGGAAUCUGAUCCAAGGAGUCCACAAUCUAAACUUAGCAAUUUUAUAAAUGAAAAUGGCACAAAAGCUGCAAGCUACAGAGGAAUUGGAGAAGCAAGGCAGAAGUUCACCAGUAUACCAGAAGUGGGACUUUAUCUCCCCAGAAGUGAUGUUCUGAACCUGAAACAGAAACCUGUUUGAUUUCAAUUCUUAACAAUUGCUGUUGGCAACCUUGAGUAAUCAAAAGCUUCAAUCAGAGGUGUCAACAGGUGGUCAAGAGCUCAGAGGCCCCACUUCCUGUAAGAUCUUCUGCUCACCUCAGAGAAGUUGAAGCUGCUUCACAUGCAGAGUUGAGCUUGGGAUCACAGGAGCGCUCCUCCACCUCGCUUAUUUUAUACCAUGAUUAGGGAAUCACGUCCUGCUCAAGCUGCUUGUCAAAUGGAAGGUACAUCCUGUUACUUUAACUUCCGCCCAAGGAAAGAGCCAUCAAGAUUCCAACCUGAAUCUCAACUGCAAGGGAUCUUCCUGAGACACCCUCGAUGCCAUCGAUGCCUUCUUGGGUUUGGAUGCACCACAAUCCUUGUUCUCUUUGCAGCCGUGAUAGUGCUGAGCAUUUGGGUUUUGCAGAGGAAGGAAGCAACAGAUGCUCUGGGGAAGACCAGUUCCUUUCAAGGACCCAGCAAUGAAAUGCAACCGAACUCCUGCCCAGACAACUGCCAGACUUUGCGCAAGUUUCUCUGCAAUUCACAUCACCAAAAUCAUUCAGCAGAUAAUUUAAAGUGCAAACUCUGCCCAAAAAACUGGAUGCUUUAUGAGAACAAAUGCUAUUGGACUUCUGAUGAAAAACAAACAUGGAACAAGAGUCAAAACAUCUGUGCAGCCAAAAAUUCACAACUUGCAGUGUUCCACAACAAGGAAGAACUGGACUUCAUUCGACGCAUCACUGAUGGAGCGCAUCUUCUGUGGAUUGGCCUGACAACCAUAUCAGGUGCACAGGAAUGGUCCUGGAUAGAUGGCUCCCCGUUAAAUACAACACUGUUGGAAGUAACAGGCCCUGCUCAGGCAAACAGCUGUGGGAUGCUGAAGUUGAACAAGGUGAUAUUAGAAGCUUGCACUGCUGUAACCAAAUGGAUUUGUGAAAAAGACGCUCUUCUUUUGUAACUGAGAGCAAUGAAGAUUAUGGAAAGGCACUGCUACCAAUCCCCUCAUGUCUUCCUCCAUUUCCUCUUAGGGCUUUUCUAGAUUGUAAGGCUCCUUGUGAGCUGCCUUAGAGUAUAAGGUCACUGGUCCAUCUAGCCCAGGAUUGCUGACAGUGGCCAGUGGCAGAUCUUCAAGGUUUCAGGCAAGGGUGUUUCAGUGGCUUUUUAUUAUUAUUAUUAUUAUUACUAUUAUUACAUUUUGUACAGCCCAUAGCCAAAGCUCUCUGGGCCAUUUAUAGCAACAAUCAUGGAAUC